UUUGCCAUUUGCCAGCCUUUUGCAGUUUUCCCUUCCCGUUCCUUGUUUAGAAAGAUGGCAGACAAUAAACUCUAUGAUAUUUUAGGGGUUAGCAGAAGUGCGUCUGAUACCGAAAUUAAAAAGCAAUACAGGAAACUUGCUAAAGAAUUUCACCCUGACAAAAACCCAGAAGCUGGUGACAAGUUCAAAGAAAUCAGUUACGCCUAUGAAAUCCUUUCAGAUCAAAAGAAACGGCAACUAUACGACCGAGUCGGAUUAAAAGGUCUGCAAGAAGGCGGCGGUCAUGAAGGUUUCGGAGGUGACGAUUUGUUCUCGCAUUUAUUUGGCGGCGGCCUUUUCGGAGGUUUUAGCGGCUAUGGAGGCGGCGGCGGCAUGCGAAGGAGGCAACGCGGCGAAGACACGGUCCAUCCGUUGAAAGUCACCUUAGAGGACAUGUACAAUGGGAAAACGUCCAAACUUCAGUUGAGCAAAAAUGUAAUUUGCGAGAAGUGUGCAGGCAAAGGCAGCAAAACUGGACAGGCCCCGGAGAAAUGUCCCGCGUGCAAUGGCUGUGGUAUGAAAGUAACUUAUCGUAGCUUAGGACCUGGAAUGGCGCAACAGGUGCAGUCAGCUUGCACCGAUUGUCACGGCAGUGGUGAAUUGAUCAGAGACAAAGACAAAUGUACCGUAUGCAAAGGUAAAAAAGUGUGCAAUGAAACGAAAAUCCUGGAAGUGCAUGUCGACAAGGGCAUGAAGAACAACCAGAAAAUCCUCUUUAGAGGUGAAGGUGACCAGCAACCCGAUGUCGAAGCCGGUGACGUGGUUAUUAUUUUGCAACAAAAACCUCACGAGAGAUUUGAAAGAAACGGCGACGAUUUGCACAUGAAGCAUACGAUUUCACUUACUGACGCUCUUUGUGGAUUUUCCUUUGUUGUGCACCAACUCGACCAAAGAGAUUUGCUUAUUAAGCAUCCCCCAGGUCAAGUAAUCAAGCCGGGAGAUGUCAAAAUAGUUUCCGGGGAAGGAAUGCCCAUUUACAAGAAUCCGUUUGAAAGGGGAAAUAUGUUUAUAACUUUUCAAAUUAAGUUUCCUGAGAAUCACUUUGCUCCGGAAGCGACUUUGCUUAAAUUGGAAUCCAUGUUGCCACCCAGACCUGUGUUUAGUUUACCAGACAGUGCACAAGUUGAAGAAGUGGAUUUGGUUGAUUACGAUGCAAAUGAGAGAAGUUCACAUUCGCAUGUGAGGAAUAGAGGGGAAGCAUAUGCUAGUGACGAUGAAGAACAACCCGGGCCUGGCAUGCAGUGCAUGCAUCAAUAGAAUAAAUAUCCUUUUUAGGUGAUUAUUCAUACUUAUUGUUUGCGCUUUUUUCUAAACGAGGAAAUUCAUUAUAUUUAACAUUUUAAAUUUAAAAAAAAAGAGAAAAUACAUCACCCUCUUUUUUUACAUACAUAUUUUACAUACACUAGGGAAUAGUGACUAUUGAUAAAAAUAAGAAACUGUUUUGGUUUAGGUCCUGACAACUACACUUCACAUUGUAACUUGAAAAAAAAAAAUAUGUUUUUUGGAGCAGUACCUUUACACCUUCAAUUUUAUAAUUAAUUUUUUGUUAGUUUUAUUAUUAUAUAAAUAAUAUACUGUAUUUUUAUUCAUCUUCCUUUAUAUUAGAAUGUCUACUAAUUUAAUGAAUUUGCAUAUUUAUCAAUAUGUGAUCCUGUAUUUCCAUAAUAUUUAUUUUUGUAUUAGGAAUAAUAGUUUUUAUGCUAAAGUUCAAAAAAGGUGUUUCCCAAGGUUCUAGCUUCAUGAAUAAAACAUUAAUUAAUCUCAA